CCCGACCCCGCUCCGGCCGAAAUUCGGGCUCGGAGCCUUCCCCGAGGAGGAGCCCGGCGGUGCCGAGGUGAGGCCGGGCUCUCCCCCAGCCCCUCCUCGGAGGGCUCUGGCUGGAGGAUGUUGGAAACUCCCCCCGCCCGCUCCUCUGGGCUCAGGGCCCUCCCCCUGCCCCGGCUGAGGCCGUACCUUUCUUUUCUGCUCUCCCCAGGAGUUUGAGCCUUUCAGUCCCUCUGUCCUGCCCAGACUCCGCUAAACAAAGGAGCUCUGGGCACAUCACCAGCUCCAGGACUCACAAGAAACUCCAGGACGGGUCCUUGACACCCGGGGGCUGCUGCCAGAAUCCAUCCUCCUCCUCCUCCUCCUGCUGGGGCAGCAGGGAGCCCGCGGCCGGACCCAGCUCCCGGGGGACUCUCGAAGCGGGGCCAGCAUGGGGGGCUUGUGGCUGGCCCGGCUCGUGCUGGGCUUUGCGGCCGCGCUGGCGGUGGCCCCGGCGCGGGGACAGUUCGAGGGGGACGUGCAGACGGACAGAUUCACGGCCUUCGAGGAGAGACCCCCGAGCAGAGUGAGGAGGAGGGGGCAGGACUCGCUGCGGGGCCCCAACGUCUGCGGCUCGAGGUUCCAUUCCUACUGCUGUCCCGGCUGGAAAACCCUGCCUGGAGGGAACCAGUGCAUUGUCCCGAUCUGCAGGAAUUCCUGCGGCGAUGGAUUCUGCUCCCGGCCCAACAUGUGCACCUGCUCCAAUGGACAGCUCUCCCCGAACUGCGGCCCCGCCGGAGUGCAGAGCUGCAGCGUGCGCUGCAUGAACGGCGGCAGCUGCGCCGAGGAGUCCUGCCUGUGCCAGAAGGGAUUCACCGGCACCUACUGCGGGCAGCCUGUGUGUGAGAACGGCUGCCAGAACGGGGGACGGUGCAUCGGGCCCAACCGCUGCGCCUGCGUCUACGGCUUCACCGGCCCGCAGUGCGAGAGAGAUUACCGCACGGGGCCCUGCUUCAGCCAGGUGAACAACCAGAUGUGCCAGGGCCAGCUGAGCGGCAUCGUGUGCACCAAGACCAUGUGCUGUGCCACCAUCGGCCGCGCCUGGGGACACCCCUGCGAGAUGUGCCCGGCACAGCCGCACCCCUGCCGGCGCGGCUUCAUCCCCAACAUCCGCACCGGCGCCUGCCAGGACGUGGAUGAGUGCCAGGCCAUCCCCGGCCUCUGCCAGGGCGGGAACUGCAUCAACACCGUGGGAUCCUACGAGUGCAAGUGCCCUGCAGGGCACAAGCAGAGCGAGACCAGCCACAGGUGUGAAGACGUGGACGAGUGCGGGGCCAUCCCCGGCGUGUGCGACGGCGGCGACUGCACCAACACCGUGGGCAGCUACGUGUGCUCCUGCCCCCGCGGCUUCGCCACCAGCGCCGACGGCUCCCGCUGCCUCGACCAGCGUCUCGGCACGUGUUUCUCGGCGCUGCUGGGCGGGCGCUGCGCCGGGGACGUUCCGGGCCAGGCCAGCAGGAUGCAGUGCUGCUGUGACUCGGGGCGCUGCUGGGCCAUCGGCCAGACCCCCGAGAUGUGCCCGGUGCGGGGCUCGGACGAGUACCGCAGGCUCUGCAUCGAGGGACUCCCGGUCGUGCCAGGCUUCCCCGGGAACUUCCCAGGAAUUCCUGGAUUCGGGCCCAACGGGGUCGGGCCGGGGCUGAACGGGCCCGGAGGGAUCGGCCCGAACGGGGCCAACGGGCAGGGCGGGAUCCCGGGGCUGCCCGGGAUGGGCCCCGGCAGCUCCAGCAUCGGCACGGCCACGCUGAACCAGACCAUCGACAUCUGCAAACACUUCACCAACCUGUGCCUGAACGGGCGCUGCAUCCCCACCCCGUCCAGCUACCGCUGCGAGUGCAACAUGGGCUACAAGCAGGACGUGCGAGGGGAGUGCAUCGAUGUGGACGAGUGCUCGAGCAGCCCCUGCGUGCACGGCGACUGCGUCAACACGCCGGGCUCCUACCACUGCAAGUGCCACGAGGGCUUCCAGAGCACCCCCACCAAGCAGGCCUGCAUUGACAUCGACGAGUGCAUCAUGAACGGGGUGAUGUGCAGGAACGGGCGCUGCGUCAACACCGACGGCAGCUUCCAGUGCAUCUGCAACGCCGGCUUCGAGAUCACCCCCGACGGCAAGAACUGCGUGGACCACGACGAGUGUGCCACCACCAACAUGUGCCUCAACGGGAUGUGCAUCAACGAGGACGGCAGCUUCAAGUGCAUCUGCAAGCCCGGCUUCGUGCUGGCCCCCAACGGGCGCUACUGCGUGGACAUCGACGAGUGCGAGACUCCGGGGAUCUGCAUGAACGGCUGGUGCAUCAACACGGAGGGCUCGUUCCGCUGCGAGUGCCUGGGCGGGCUGGCCAUCGGCGUGGACGGCCGCGUCUGCGUGGACACCCACAUGCGCAGCACCUGCUACGGCGGCAUCAAGAAGGGCACCUGCGCCCGGCCCUUCCCCGGCGCCGUCACCAAAUCCGAGUGCUGCUGUGCCAACCCCGACCACGGCUUCGGGGAGCCCUGCCAGCCCUGCCCGGCCAAGAACUCCGCGGAAUUCCAGGCUCUCUGCAGCAGCGGCAUCGGGAUCACGGCUGACGGCAGAGACAUCAACGAGUGCGCCCUGAACCCCGACAUCUGCCCCAACGGGAUGUGCGAGAACCUGCGGGGCAGCUACCGCUGCAUCUGCAACCUGGGCUACGAGUCCGACCCCACGGGCAAGAACUGCGUGGACGUGGACGAGUGCAGCGUGAACCGGCUGCUGUGUGACAACGGCCUGUGCAGGAACACCCCCGGCAGCUACACCUGCACCUGCCCCAAGGGCUUCGUGUUCCGCACCGAGACCGACACCUGCGAAGACAUCAACGAGUGCACGUCCAACCCGUGUGUGAACGGGCUGUGCCGGAACAACGCCGGCUCCUUCGCCUGCGAGUGCUCCCCGGGCAGCAAGCUGGACCCCAGCGGCACCAUCUGCGUGGACAGCAUGAAGGGCACCUGCUGGCUCAACAUCCAGGACGGGCGCUGCGAGGUGAACAUCAACGGGGCCACGCUGAAAUCCGAGUGCUGCGCCACCCUGGGGGCGGCCUGGGGCAGCCCCUGCGAGCGCUGCGAGAUCGACACGGCCUGUCCCCGGGGCUAUGCCCGCAUGAAGGGGGUCACCUGUGAAGAUGUGAACGAGUGCGAGGUGUUCCCGGGCGUGUGCCCCAACGGGCGCUGCGUCAACUCCGCCGGCUCCUUCCGCUGCGAGUGCCCCGAGGGGCUGACCCUGGAUGGCUCUGCCAGGACCUGUGUGGACGUGCGGGUGGAGCAGUGCUACAUGCGCUGGGACGAGGACGAGUGCACGGAGCCGCUGCCCGGCAAGUUCCGCAUGGACAUGUGCUGCUGCUCCGUGGGCUCGGCCUGGGGCUCCGACUGCGAGGAGUGUCCCCGCGCCGGCUCCGCCGAGUUCAAGGCGCUGUGUCCCCGCGGGCCCGGCUUCGCCAACCGCGGCGACGUGCUCUCGGGACGGCCCUUCUACAAAGAUGUGAACGAGUGCAAGGUGUUCUCGGGGCUGUGCACGCACGGCACCUGCAGGAACACCAUCGGCAGCUUCAGGUGUAUCUGCGGCAACGGCUUCGCUCUGGAUGCUGAGGAGAGGAACUGCACAGACAUCGAUGAGUGCCGCAUCUCCCCGGACCUGUGCGGCCACGGCUCCUGCGUGAACACCCCGGGCAGCUUCGAGUGCGAGUGCUUCGAGGGCUACGAGAGCGGCUUCAUGAUGAUGAAGAACUGCAUGGACAUCAACGAGUGCGAGCGGGACCCGCUGCUGUGCCGGGGCGGGAUCUGCAUGAACACGGACGGCAGCUUCGAGUGCAUCUGUCCCCCCGGGCAUGAGCUGACAGCAGAGGGCAACACCUGCAUUGACAUCAACGAGUGCUCCCUCAGUGACAACCUCUGCCGCAACGGGCGCUGCGUCAACGUCAUCGGCACCUACCAGUGCUCCUGCGACUCGGGCUUCCAGGCCACCCCCGACAGGCAGGGCUGUGUCGACAUCGACGAGUGCACCAUCACCAACGGGGGCUGUGACACGCACUGCUCCAACUCCGAGGGCAGCUACGAGUGCAGCUGCAGCGAGGGCUACGCCCUGAUGCCGGACAAGAGGUCCUGUGCAGAUAUUGAUGAGUGUGAGGACAACCCCGACAUCUGUGACGGGGGGCAGUGCACCAACAUCCCCGGGGAGUACCGCUGCCUCUGCUUCGACGGCUUCAUGGCAUCCCUGGACAUGAAGACCUGCAUUGAUGUGAACGAGUGUGACCUCAACCCCAACAUCUGCCUGCACGGCGAGUGUGAGAACACCAAGGGCUCCUUCAUCUGCCACUGCCAGCUGGGCUACUUUGUCAAGAAGGGAACCACGGGCUGCACAGACAUCGACGAGUGUGAGCUGGGGGCCCACAAUUGUGACAUGCACGCGUCCUGCAUCAACGUCCCCGGCAGCUUCAAGUGCAAGUGUCGCUCGGGCUGGCUCGGGGACGGGCUCAAGUGCAACGACCUGGACGAGUGCGCCACCGAGGAGCACAAGUGCAACCUGAACGCCAACUGCGUGAACACGCCGGGCUCGUACCGCUGCGCCUGCCGCGACGGCUUCAACGGCGACGGCUUCUCCUGCUCGGACGUGGACGAGUGCGCGGACAACGUGAACCUGUGCGAGAACGGGCAGUGCCUGAACGCGCCCGGCGGGUACCGCUGCGAGUGCGAGAUGGGCUUCAACCCCACCGAGGACAGCAAGGCCUGCCAGGACAUUGACGAAUGCACCUUCCAGAACAUUUGUGUCUUCGGCACCUGCCAGAACCUGCCCGGGAUGUUCCGCUGUGCCUGUGACGAUGGAUAUGAGCUGGACAGGAGCGGGGGCAACUGCACAGACAUCAACGAGUGUGCAGACCCCGUGAACUGCAUCAACGGGCUCUGUGUCAACACCCCCGGCAGCUACCUGUGCAACUGCCCCCAGGACUUCGAGCUGAACCCCACCGGCGUGGGCUGUGUGGACACUCGGGUCGGGAAUUGCUUCCUGGACACGCAGGACCGGGGGGACGGCGGCAUCUCCUGCAGCGCCGAGAUCGGCGUGGGCGUCACGCGGGCGUCCUGCUGCUGCUCCCUGGGCCGGGCCUGGGGCAACCCCUGCGAGCUCUGCCCUCCCGCCAACACCACCGAGUACAAGACCUUGUGCCCCGGGGGAGAAGGGUUCCGGCCCAACCCCAUCACGGUCAUCCUGGAGGACAUCGACGAGUGCCAGGAGCUGCCGGGGCUGUGCCAGGGCGGGAACUGCGUCAACACCUUCGGCAGCUUCCAGUGCGAGUGUCCCCUGGGCUACUACCUCAACGAGGACACCCGGAUCUGCGAAGAUAUCGAUGAGUGCUCUGCCCACAUCGGGAUCUGCGGCCCUGGCACCUGCUACAACACCCUGGGCAACUACACCUGCGUGUGCCCCCCCGAGUACAUGCAGGUCAACGGGGGAAACAACUGCAUGGACAUGAGGAAAAGCGUUUGCUACCGCAACUACAACGACACCUGCGAGAAUGAGCUGUCCUUCAACAUGACCAAGAAGAUGUGCUGCUGCUCCUACAACAUCGGCAAGGCCUGGAACAAACCCUGCGAGCCCUGCCCCACCCCUGCCAGCCCCGAGUACCAGAUCCUGUGUGGGAACCAAGCCCCCGGAUUCAUCAUCGACAUCCACACGGGGAAGCCCAUCGAUAUCGACGAGUGCAGCGAGAUCCCGGCCAUCUGCACCAACGGCGUCUGCAUCAACCAGAUCGGGAGCUUCCGCUGCGAGUGCCCCAUCGGCUUCAGCUACAACAACAUCCUGCUCAUCUGCGAAGACAUCGACGAGUGCAGCAGCGGGGAGACGCUGUGCCAGCGCCACGCCGAGUGCGUCAACAUCCCGGGCAGCUUCCGCUGCGAGUGCGCCAGCGGGUACCGCCUGUCCCCGGGGGGCGCCUGCGUGGGUCGCAACGAGUGCCAGGAGAUCCCCAACGUGUGCAGCCACGGGGACUGCGUGGACACCGAGGGCAGCUACGUCUGCAUCUGCCACAACGGCUUCAAGGCCACCGGGGAGCAGACCAUGUGCAUGGACAUCGACGAGUGUGACCGGCAGCCCUGCGGCAACGGCACCUGCAAGAACACCGUGGGCUCCUACAACUGCCUCUGCUUCCCGGGCUUCGAGCUCACCCACAACAACGACUGCAUGGACGUGGACGAGUGCUCGUCGCUGGUGGGGCAGGUGUGCAGGAACGGGCAGUGCAUCAACAGCGUGGGCUCCUUCCAGUGCCUGUGCCAGGAGGGCUACGACCGCACCCCCGACGGCAAGAACUGCGUGGACAUCAACGAGUGCGUGAGCCUGCCCGGGACCUGCUCCCCGGGCACCUGCCAGAACCUGGAGGGCUCCUUCCGCUGCAUCUGCCCCCCGGGCUACGAGGUGCAGAACGACAACUGCAUCGACAUCAACGAGUGCGAGGAGGAGCCCAACAUCUGCUUGUUCGGGACGUGCACCAACACCCCCGGCAGCUUCCAGUGCGUGUGCCCGCCGGGCUUCGUGCUGUCCGACAACGGCCGCCGCUGCUUCGACACCCGCCAGAGCUUCUGCUUCACCCGCUUCGACAACGGCAAGUGCUCGGUGCCCAAAGCCUUCAACACCACCAAGGCUCGGUGCUGCUGCAGCAAAAUGCCCGGGGAGGGCUGGGGAGACCCGUGCGAGCUGUGCCCGCAGGAGGGGAACGUCGCCUUCCAGGAGCUGUGUCCGUAUGGCCACGGGGCCAUCCCGGGCCCGGGGGACACCCGGGAAGACGUGAACGAGUGCUCGGAGAACCUGGGCGUGUGCAUCAACGGCGCCUGCAUCAACACCGACGGCUCCUUCCGCUGCGAGUGCCCCUUCGGCUACAACCUGGACUACACCGGGGUCAACUGCGUGGACACGGACGAGUGCUCCAUCGGCAAUCCCUGCGGGAACGGCACCUGCACCAACGUGGUGGGGGGCUUCGAGUGCGCCUGCGACGAGGGCUUUGAGCCGGGGCCCAUGAUGACCUGUGAAGACAUCAACGAGUGCUCCCUGAACCCCCUGCUCUGCGCCUUCCGCUGCAUCAACACCUUUGGCUCCUACGAGUGCACCUGCCCCUCUGGGUACGCCCUGCGGGAGGACAGGAGGAUGUGCAGAGAUCUGGACGAGUGUGCAGAGGGGCUGCACGACUGCGAGUCCCGGGGGAUGCUCUGCAAGAACCUCAUCGGCACCUUCAUGUGCAUCUGCCCGCCUGGCAUGCAGCGCAGGCCCGACGGCGAGGGCUGCACAGAUGAGAACGAGUGCCGCACCAAGCCCGGGAUCUGCCCCAACGGGCGCUGCGUGAACACGGCCGGCAGUUACCGCUGCGACUGCAACGAGGGCUUCCAAGUCAGCCCCUCGGGCACCGAGUGCAUCGACACCCGCCAGGGCUUCUGCUUCACGGAGGUGCUGCAGACCAUGUGCCAGAUGUCCUCCACCAACCGCAACCUGGUCACCAAGUCCGAGUGCUGCUGCAACAGCGGGCGCAGCUGGGGCCCACAGUGCGAGCUCUGCCCCCUGCCCGGCACUGCCCACUACAAGAAGAUGUGUCCCCACGGCCCCGGGUACUCCACGGAUGGCAGGGACAUCGACGAGUGCAAGGUGCUGCCCAACCUGUGCCGGAACGGGCAGUGCAUCAACAGCAUCGGCUCCUUCCGCUGCCACUGCCGCCUGGGCUACACCCCGGACAUCACGGGCACCGCCUGCCAGGGUGAGCUGGGCACCCCGCCCGUCCCCGGCACCCCCUCCCCGCCUCUGAACCCCCCCGGGACCCGCCCUUCCCUCGGGGUCCUCCCUGCUCCCCGGGGCUGUGGCGGCUCGGGGUGCUCCGCCCUGUUCCGUGGUUCUGUGCGCUCCAAAUCCGGGUUUAGCUCCUUGAGGAUGAGUUCCUCGUCUUCCCCGAGCCCCGGAGCCACGGGGACUGGCCGGGACUGGGAUCCUGAUCUGAAAUCUGGGAGCUGCCAAUGCCCCUGCCCGGGCAGCACAGCUGGUUCCCCCCAGCCUGAGCGCCCUGCUGGCAUCCAGAUGUUGGCACCAAGGGCACCUCUGGAAUCACAGCGCUCUCUCUGCGGGAUGUGCCCUGGAUUGGUUGUGCUGCUCCCCCAAAGCCCUCGGCUCUGCUCUCCUGCGUUCCUGGAGGGUGGAGAGGGGGUGUUUGUCCAGGAAUGCCAGAGCCCGCGGGGAUGUCUCACCCCUGCGCCACAAAACCCGGGGUCACCCGGGGCUCAGGAGCCCCUGGGUGGGCUGGCAGGUCCCGGGGGUGCAGGGGAGCACAACCUGAUGCGUUUUGUCCCUGGAGUGCAGAUCUGGACGAGUGCAACCAGUCCCCGAAGCCCUGCAACUUCAUCUGCAAGAACACCGAGGGCAGCUACCAGUGCUCCUGCCCCCGGGGCUACGUCCUGCAGGAGGACGGCAAGAUCUGCAAAGACCUGGACGAGUGCUCCACCAAGCAGCACAACUGCCAAUUCCUGUGUGUCAACGUCAUCGGGGGCUUCAACUGCAAGUGCCCCCCGGGCUUCACGCAGCACCACUCGUCCUGCAUUGACAACAACGAGUGCACGGCGCAGCCGUCGCUGUGCGGGGCCAAGGGGCAGUGCCUCAACACCCCGGGCAGCUACAACUGCGAGUGCCAGAAGGGAUUUUCCCUGGACAGCUCCGGGGUCAACUGUGAAGACGUGGACGAGUGUGACGGGAACCACCGGUGCCAGCACGGCUGCCAGAACGUGCUGGGGGGCUACCGCUGCGGCUGCCCCCAGGGCUACGUGCAGCACUACCAGUGGAACCAGUGCGUGGACGAGAACGAGUGCUCCAGCCCCUCUGCCUGCGGCUCUGCCUCCUGCUACAACACCCUGGGCAGCUUCAAGUGCGUCUGUCCCUCGGGCUUCGACUUCGACCAGGCCUUCGGGGGCUGCCAGGACGUGGACGAGUGCUCGGCCGGGGGCAGCCCCUGCAGCUACGGCUGCUCCAACACGGACGGGGGGUACCUGUGCGGCUGCCCCGGGGGCUACUUCCGAGCAGGACAGGGCCACUGCAUUUCUGGCCUGGGCUUUGGGAAGGGGCCCUACCUGCCUGCGCCCCAGGAGGAGGAUGAGGACAACCUGCUGUCCCCCGAGACCUGCUACGAGUGCAAGAUCAACGGGUACCCCAAGAGGGGCCGGCAGCGGCGCAGCGUCAACGGCACCGAGGGGCACCAGGAGCAGGAGGUGAACUUGGCCAGCGUGGACGUGGAGGCGCCGCUGUCCAUGGCGCUGAACCUGUCGGAGCUGGCGCACAGGGAGCACAUCCUGGAGCUGCUGCCGGCGCUGGAGCCGCUGGAGAACCGCGUGCGCUACAGCAUCG